AUGCUACUGGUUAUAACUCACCUGAAGUGUAUAGCACACCUUUUACCCGGAAUAAAACAACGAUACUUGGUCUCUUUAUUCAUUUACUCAUGUCCAACUCUUCAUCCUGGAAAAAUGCUUGACCAACAAUCAGCAGCAUCAUAUCAACGUCGGAAAACAUCCUAUCCAAAUCAUUUCUCUGCUUGUCCAAUUACUGAACUUCAAUCCACAAUACCACCAGAUUUAAUUCAAAUAUAUUUGACUUUACCAAACAAAAUAGAGCUAUUCAAUGGAGUGAAUUUAAUUGGAACUCCAGUGGGAAAUACAAAACUAGUUCCGGUUGUCAAAUUAGUAAGAAGAACGAUUGUGAGGUUUGCGAGAAGAGGAAGAAGAGGAAGAAUUGUUGAAAUGACAGUACCCAGUUAA